AUGAAUUCAAAUUCAUUGUUCUAGCAAAUCUAGAAUCUAGAUCAAAACAUAUCUUCGUUCAACUUUGUUAUUCAAAGCUUUCAAGAUAAUGACUAGCAAAUAAUACUUGAGGAUAUUCUGGAAAAGCUAAACUUCAUUCUAGCCCAGGAAAAGACAUUAUUUUAUGAGUUUGAGAGAUAGGUUUCAUCUAAAGUUGAUAGAAUUGAAUUCAGUUAAAUCGUACAACAGAAAGCAAACUAAUCUGACGUCCAAAAAAUAUUAUUUGAGAUAUUGAACUGCAAUAACCUCUCUGCUAGUUAAAAGAUCCAAAAUUUCCUUGAGAAUUCAAUACCGCAUGAUCAGGAAUCAACAGAGAAUAUCCCACCAUCAAACCCAAGUUAUCAUUAGUAGUAGCAGCAGCACAAACACAAACCAUCAUAGGUUUCAUAUGAUCAUCAAUAUUCCUAUUAAAACACUAUUGAUAGAGCUAAUGACUCUCCCUCUCACAAAAUAAACUGUGAUUAGUGCUUUGUAGACAAUACUAAAUAUCCACAACCAAAUAAUUAGAGAAAUCCCUAAUUUGUUCUAAGACAAGCCUUUAGCAGCUUAUCUGAAACAAUGCCCAAUAAUAAAGAAAAUUAAGCAACUUAUUAGGGAACUUAAUAGAUAAAUCACUCGCUAACUGAUGUAUAAAAACUAAGUCAGAAGAUUGAUGAUAUUUAUCAAAGUCUCUGCGCUUGCAUUCAAAAUCAUUGUGCCUCUAAAGAUGAUCUACUUUAAGUGUAACAGCAAAUUGACGCUAAAGUCAACAAAGAGGAUUUAGAGAUCGCUUUACUUCAAAAAGCAAAUAAGCAAUCAGUUGCUAAUGCUCUCCAAAGAAAAGCUAAUAAGCAAGAUUUAUCUUAGCUAGAGUAAAGAAUUGGAGAAUAAGGAGUGUCUGACGGAGAUAGAAAAGCCAUUGAUCAGAAAUUUGACGAAAUCAAAUAACAAAUUGAAAGAUAAAAGGAUUCUUACAUUGAUUUAUUGCAAAAUGAGAUCAUGAUUCUUAAGAAUGAAACAGAGGGAUCUCUUAAAAAAAGUAUCGGCAAAGAGCUAGGCAAAAUCAACCAGGAAAUUUCAGUAAUCUAGGACAGCUUUCAAAAGUAUUUCUCUUAAAUUAAGGAUAAUCAAGAAAACACUGAGAGGAAAAAUGAUGAAUCAUAUAGAAGUACUCAGCAGAGGCUAGAAUUGAUUUAAGAGUAGUUGAAUAAAGAACUUAACAGUUUUAAAAGGCAAAACAAAGACUCUAAAAAGCUUGAUAAGAUUAAUGACUUUGAAAGAAAUAUCAAAGCUUAACUUGACGAGUUAAAUGACAUGAUAAAGAGUACCUAUAAGGAGAUUAAUAUCCUCAAAGAUGAUGGUCUCAGAAUGAGUGAUCUAGUCAAAUCAAGAUUUGAAGAAAACGAGAAGAUAGUCAAAUUCAACAUUGAUACCUUGUCGGCUGAGAUGGUGAAACUUAGCAAAGAAACAUACUAUGAAUUCGAUCAAAUUGAUAGAGAGAUGCAAAAGCUAAAAUACUAAUUGACUUAAGAUUCAAAGGGAAACUUGCUUUAAAUAAAUGACGUUGAGAACUUCAGAUUAGAUGUGAGAGAACUCAAGAUAAAGCUGGAGAAACUAAAUGACGAGGUAUCUUAAAAGUCAAAUAUUACAGAUGUAUGUGCCCUUGUAGACUUAAAAGCAAACUCAGAGGAUGUUGACAAAAACCUAGAUCAAAUCUUUAAGGAGAUCAAAUAUAAUUGUGCAACUACAACUUCUCUUGACUAAAUCAUGGCAGAUUAAAAGUUCAUCAAUGAAUCUCUUUGCGCUUUAAAUUGCAUCGGAAAGUGGGUAUGGCAUGGCGGCUUUACUAGUGGAGGUACGCUAGGUAGAUAAGCUUUCAGCGCAACAAAAAACUCAUUUAAAAUGUCCGCUUUUGAAAGAGUCUAAGCUACUGAUGGAACUGGAUAGAAUGGAUAUGUUGACUUUGUUAAAUGGCAAAGAGAGAUCAUCAAUACUUGCCCUGAUAACUUUGAACUAUCAAAGUACGAUGAUGAUUCAAGCGCUCUAAUAGUGCACACUAAUGGAAUCUAUGAAAUAUUAUUCACAUUCUUUGUGCCUUCUGAAUCUCAUAAGCCCUCAGUUUAGCUGAGAAUAAACGGCAAACCAGUUCUUAGCACCAUAGAUACUUCGCAAUCAGUUAUCUAUCAUUAAGACUCCUUAAGACACAUUUCCACUACAACUUACUUGCAUAUUAGCGCCAAGUCUAAAGUUCAAAUAUGCUUAUCGAACUCCAACCUGUUUAAUCAUCAUGCAACACAGCAAUUGUCUAAUAUGGAAUACUAAUUCUCCCCUGAAUCAGCAAAGGGAUUCAUCUCCCUUAGAAAACUCUGA